GCAGGGAGGAGAAAAGGAGCCGAUACUUGUGUGUCAGGGAGAGAGAGGAGGUUCACACCUGUGUGUGUGACAAGUAGAAAAUCUGCUUUCUGGGAUUGUAUCUGUAUGAAUGGUCGCUUUACUAGUUUUACUAGGCGACAGUAAUUGUUUGCAUGAGCUGAGGGUUUGUUUAGUGGGUGCGGAUUGGUGCUUGAGACAUUUUGUUGCACUGGCACAUUUUGUAUAUUCACAACAUAGUAUUGUGUGUGGCUGCUUGUCAUGAGCUGUGCAUGUACCGAGUCAGUGUGUACAGUAUAACUGCAUGGUGUGUCCCAGUAUCAGCGUUAUAGACAAUAACCCUUUAUCACAGCAGCCCUGAAUGCUGUUGUAUAUACCAGCAGGCGGUGUGUAGCAUUAUUAUCCCAGCUUCACAGUGAGCUCUAUUGCUUCGGAGCAGCAUGAGGUUGAAGCCGGGCUUCCUCUUACGCAGCCUCCUGGUGCUGGGCACUUUCCUAGGGCUGCUUCUGCUUUGGUCGUCCCUUUCCUCCACUCGGACGGAGCCGCACGCACAGCCAAUUCCUCGGAAUGAAAACGCAAACCUUCCUCAGCUGGGGAAAGCAGAGAACAAUAUAGCUCCCAAGAACAAUUUAGAGCCAGUCGUACCUUGGCCUCAUGUUGAGGGAAAGGAGGUUGACCUUGAUUCUAUUAGAAGAAAAAGUAAACCAAAAAAUUAUUUUGAAGGGAAGGCUAAUAAUCAGCAGGAUAUCAUGCAGAAACAAUAUCUCACUUUCAAGCCUCAAAAACAUAUCUGCUCUGAUCCCGUGCUUCGUGCAGGAGUCUUGGGGAACUUUGAAUCUAAAGAGCCAGAGCCUCAAGGAGUGGUGGAUGGCCCAGGAGAGGGAGGAAAGCCUUUUGAUUUGGGAGACGACUACAAAGAAUCAAUUCAAGCCAGCAUUAAAGAAUUUGGAUUUAACAUGGUCGCCAGUGACAUGAUUUCAUUGGACCGUACAAUCAAUGACUUGCGUCAUGAAGAGUGCAAAUAUUGGCAUUAUGAUGAAAAUUUGCUGACUUCCAGUGUAAUCAUUGUGUUCCAUAAUGAAGGUUGGUCUACACUCAUGAGGACGGUUCACAGUGUCAUAAAAAGGACACCUAGAAGAUAUCUGGCGGAGAUCGUCAUGAUUGAUGACUUUAGCAACAAAGAACAUUUAAAAGGAAGGCUUGACAAAUAUAUUGAGCAGUGGAAUGGGCUUGUCAAGGUCUUCAGAAACGAACGCAGAGAAGGAUUGAUUCAAGCUAGGAGCAUUGGUGCCCAGAAGGCUAAACUUGGACAGGUUUUGAUUUACCUUGAUGCACAUUGUGAAGUAGGAAUCAACUGGUAUGCACCAUUAGUAGCUCCAAUAUCUAAAGACAGAACUGCUUGUACUGUUCCUUUGAUAGAUUACAUUGAUGGGAAUGUUUAUACCAUUGAACCACAGCAAGGUGGUGAUGAAGAUGGUUUUGCUCGAGGGGCAUGGGACUGGAGCUUAUUAUGGAAGCGUAUUCCAUUAAACGACCAGGAAAAGGCCAAAAGAAAGCAUAAAACUGAACCUUAUUGGUCUCCUGCAAUGGCUGGUGGUUUAUUUGCAAUUGAAAGAGAUUACUUCUUUGAGCUUGGUCUUUAUGAUCCAGGUCUUCAAAUUUGGGGAGGUGAAAACUUUGAAAUUUCAUACAAGAUCUGGCAAUGCGGAGGAAAACUGUUGUUCACACCUUGUUCCCGUGUUGGACAUAUCUAUCGUCUACAUGGAUGGCAGGGAAAUCCUCCACCUGUUUAUGUGGGAUCAUCCCCAACCUUAAAGAAUUAUGUUCGAGUAGUAGAAGUUUGGUGGGAUGAAUACAGGGAUUAUUUUUAUGCCAGUCGCCCAGAGACCAAAGCCUUGGCAUUUGGAGAUAUUAGUGAGUUGAAAAAGUUCCGUGAGGACCACAACUGCAAGAGUUUUAAAUGGUUUAUGGAGGAAAUAGCAUAUGACAUUCCAUUACACUAUCCACUACCACCUAAAAACGUGGAAUGGGGAGAGAUAAGAGGCCUGGAAUCCAGUUAUUGUAUAGACAGCAUGGGUCAUACUAAUGGAGGCCUUGUUGAACUUGGACCUUGUCAUAGAAUGGGUGGAAAUCAGCUUUUCCGUAUUAAUGAAGCGAAUCAGUUGAUGCAGUAUGACCAGUGUCUAACAAAAGGGUCUGACCCAUCAAAAGUUAUGAUCACCCAUUGCAAUCUAAAUGAGUUUAAGGAAUGGCAGUAUUUUAAGAAUUUGCACAGAUUCAUCCACAUUCCUACAGGAAAAUGCUUGGAUCGUUCAGAGGUUCUUCACCAAGUGUUCCUGUCGGACUGUGACAAUAGCAAAACAACGCAGAAGUGGGAAAUGAACAAUAUCCUUGGUGUAUAAAACAAACUGCUACCACUCUGUUGCACAUGGCUGAAAUUGCCUAAAACCUGCUGCAAUGACUUACUGUACAAUCUACAGCCUUCUCAAGGAAGGAUAUUGGAGACCUAUGUGAUAAUAGUAGCGUCAUCUUGCAGUUAAUGUUUACAAGACUGCUUUUACCUUAAACUUUUUUAGAUGUUUACAUCAUCUUAUUUUGAAGAUAAUGUUAGCAAAAGUGCUUCUAGCUCUGUUUUGUAGGAACAAAGCUAAAGACAAUAAUUUUUGGGGUUAUACUCAGGGGAUGGAAGUUAGAUUUUAACUCACACUUGAAAUGAUUUUGUUAGCCAGGCAUUCAUAUUUUUUGGUGACUAUUUCUUCAUAUAAUAAGUUUAUUUCUUCAUAUAAUAUUCCAUCUAUUUUUGUGAAACACCGCCACAUUUUUGUUUUAGCUUUGGUGGCCUUCGUCUGUGCUGCUGUUAUGAACGGGGAGAUUGGAAAACAAAUUAGUGCCUCUUCUUCCUUUUUGUUUUGUUUCUGUGUAUAUUGUAUGAUUAUAUAAUUAUUGUAUAGAAUAGAUUUAAACCUAAGAGAAACUGUAUAAGCCUGUGAAAGCGCUCACAUUUCUAGAUAUGGAGACACUCUCUGUGCUUGAAGUCAGAAGAAUGCAUAUCGGCAUCAUACAAUUCAUUCAUUGCUGUAGAAUGAAAUAAUGAAGGAUUUAUUGUAAUUUACGUUAAUACACAAAAUAUUUAUCUAAGUCCCUAUGCACAUACAUCAUAAACAAGUAUUGAUUUCUCAAGAGGAUAGCUCUAUAUCACAUUAUUCUUGUUUUUAUUAUAUAUAUUUAUCUUAAGUCCUCAUAAAUACACUCCUACAACCAUAUCUAGCAUUAUCUGUCUACAAGCUUGUAUGGUACAUAAACAGCACAAGCCCUGUCUAAGGUAGAAAGAAAACACCAAUACAGCCAGUGUGGGUACAUGUUAAAGCAAGGCUUACUCAUACAAUGUCUUAUACAUAUUUCUCAGUAUGCUCUAGAUUCAUUUAUCUUAAAAGAAUUAAGGCUACUCGUGAGCAAAUCUCAGGUUAAACUCUGUCCUUAUGAAAUGCCUUGGACUGAGUAUACUAUUUAGGAUUUAUUUUGAUACAAUUUUCCCAACAAAGUUAGGGGAUUAUAUAUGUUAUUAUUGCUUUUUAAAAUGUAAUCAUAAUAGUCACCAAAUAUGUUCCAAAACUGUUAAAAACAAGAUUCAAUAGUGACCGAGUAGCAACCAAGUCACAAUAGCUCUCAUCCAAACAUCCUGGCUUUUCUCUGGCCUUUAAUAAAUGCAGCAUUGAUGGCUAAAUAAUACACAAGUAAUUUGUUUCAGUGUGUUAAUGAAAUUUAUGUAAAAAUUAGGUAGUUUAUGUGCGCACAAUGCUGCUAAAUACUAAUAUAGCUAAACAUAUAUGAAAGAUACAUCCCCAGACGGUUGUUACCAUAGUGGAUUUAGCACCUAUAAAAUAGUGGUAUUCACAAACCAGUUGUGGUGUUGAUGCACUCUGUGUUGGAGACACCAUUUUUGUAGUGUAAUAUUUAUUUAAAAUUGUAGUUUGUGCACCUACUUAGCAAGAUUCUACUGCACUAGAAGACAGAUGCAUAAACAUCUGAAUAUGAAUUGUAGAUUGAUUUUUAGAGGUACUGGGCAAGACUGUGACGUCUAAGCUUUUUCUUUUCUUUUUUCCUUUUUGUCAACUAAGAAUAUUGCAAUGAUAUUUUGAAUCUAGGGAUAUAGCUGUUAUAUAGUAAAAUCCAUAAACAACAUUGGUUACAUUGUGCAUGUAUUUUCAGUACUAUGCACUCCAUGCAAGUUUUCUUUUUAAUACAGAUGAUCGUUCAAUGCAAAUAUAAUAAGCGUAAUUUUCCUAAAUAAUCUGACCAAACGGCUUUGUAAAUAGGUUAGAACUUGUUUUCUAUAAAUUCUAAAUUCUACUUCAGAAUUAUUUUAUAUUUUUCAUAGUUACGGUCUGUGCAUUGUUUUUAUUACUAAAAAAAUAACAUCCAGACAGGAAGAGUAACAGUUAAUUCACCUUUAGUUAGAACCACAUAUUGAACAAAUAAAGAGAAACAAAAUUAGAGGGCGUCCAAUGGGGAGAAAAUAUAGAUAGAUAGAUUAAUAGAUAGAUAGAUAGAUAGAUAGAUAGAUAGAUAGAUAGAUAGAUAAAGGAUGAAAUAUAUAGAAGUCUGAUAAUAAUCAGGAAAAUGCAAAUCUUAAACACAGAGUCCAAAUAUAAAUGAUUCCAAACUGUGGUUCUUCAACCCAGGCAGCUUCUUGUGCAAGGUAUCGACCAGGGUGGAUUUAAUUUAAAUUACUAGUCAGUUUUCUAUUUUAGAAUAAUAACGUUUCAGAUUAUUUUUCCAGUUAUAUCAGACCAUUACUGAUUUGGUUAUAUAUCAUUAGAUAUGUACAGAUUGAAAUGAAUCAAAUUAUUUGAGGUGAAAAGUCUCCAGUUUCAUAGGUUAAUCAUUCAUAUUUGAUCAACUUGUCAGCUGUACUUUAUUGGAAGGAGAAAAAGUAUGACUACUUUAAUAAUAACAAAUGAAAUAGUUUUAUUUAAAUAAAACAAUAACAUUACUUUUUUGUUUUUAAUGCUUGCCCCUCUCUCCUUAAGACUUAGGUCCUUGUGCAGAUCUACUGUACUCUAUUCAGUGGACUUUUUGAAACUUACUAUGGGUUAAUUCUGUGUACAGAGAUUUGCAGGGAAGUAAUGGCAUUAAAGGGACAAUAACAUCAAAAUUAAACUUUUAUGAUUCAGAGAGAGCAUGCAUUUUUUUUACAAUGUACUUCUCUUAUCUAAUUUGCCUUGUUCUCAUGGUAUCCAUUGUUGAAAAUCAUACAAUGGUAGGCUCAGAAGCAAUGCACUACUGUGAGCUAGCUGCUAGUCACUGUCUCACCCAUUGUGUUUAGCUAGGCCCCAGUAGAUAAUUGCUCACCUUCAACAAAGGACACCAAAAGAAUGAAGCAAAUUUGAUAAUUUAAGUAAAUAUGAAAAUGGUAUGCUCUGUCUAAAAUCCAAAAGUUUUAUUUAAUGAUUAUGUCCCUUUAAGGUCUAUUUCUUAACUAUGUAUGUUUAUUUUAUAUAAUUUUUUCUUGCUGUGAAGAAGGGGCAUGUUAAAUAAAUCACAAUUUUGAGAACUACAAAACCAAUAAUAUGUGAUAAUAUCUUCAAGAUAGAAAAAUUGCCCAAAAUAAUCUGACAGAAACCUCUGGGAGAGCAUGACAUUGUGAAUAGAUUCAUGGAAUUAAUUUACCAAAAAAAAAAAAUUAAACAUUACAGCCAUGAAUAUACAGCACCUUGCUAUCUAAUUAAAAACUAAUCUAUAUUUCAGGAUGAAUAACCUUUUAGAUUAUAAUAAUCUUAAAUAGAAAAUAUCUUUAGAUAGAUUUUUACUCAAAAAUCAUUUUAUUUAAAAAAAACAAAAAAACAUAUUUAAAUAAAAAAAUCUGAUUUAAUAAAAAAAAAGUUUUAAAAAAAAUGUCAUUGAUUUUUAUCCAGCCUGGUCAUACAGUGAUUCUAUAAAAGUAAAAGAAACAAGGCUGCCAAAAUGGUCUAGUACAGGCAGGAACAGGAGUAGAUAUAUUCAGAGAAAAUCAAGGUACUCACAAACGUAGAGCACCACCAAGUGCUGUUUAAGCAGGCUGAGACUUAUAGUCCAGCAAACUUGUAAAUCUGGCACUCCGGAUACUCCUCUCAUACUCAAAAUGGAACUCCAAUGAUGCAGCAAAACGCACAGCAAGAUACCAAAUUAUUAAACUCAUUAAAAAAAACAGGCAACGCAUUUCAAGCCACCAAGGGCUGUUUUAUUAGGUGACUUUAAAUGACACUAAGUUUGGCCUGAUGAAAAAAUAUAUAAAAGUUUUAUGAAAUGCUAUAUUGCUGUGUGUUUUGCUGCAUCCUUGGAUUUCCAUCCUAUUUGAGUAUCAAAGGAGUAUCCUGAGUGCCAGGUUUACAAGUUUGCUGGACUGCUGUGAAGUCCCAGCCUGCUUAUACAGCACUUGUGGGUGCUGUACUUUUGUGAGUAUCUCUGAAUAUAUCUACUCCUGUUCCUGACUGCUAUUUUGGCAGCCUUCUUACUUCUGUUUUUCUAGAAACCUUGAACAAAUGGCCCUCGUAGAUUUCUUCUACUGCUGCAUCUGCCCCUAGGGAGUAGAAUAUUCUCAGAUUUAUUCCUGUAAACAAACUCAAACACCUGUGCUCUUCAUUCCUCCCCCUUAAUAACUGUUUCCUGCACAAAGUGGUGGUUUAAACACUUUGGCAUUGGGUCGAAUGCUUAAAUGUACAGUGUUGCCCUUUAAAUGGUACCAGUCAUCUCUUACUGAAAAAGUAUUGCAGUAUAAUUAUAUUGCUUAGAGGAAGAGUUCUAUUUAAAAAAGGAAUCCUAGAAUGAGUUCACAAUAUAAACGCAUUAAGCAUUCUAGUGAACCAAGACAAGGACAAGAAAAUGAGUCACUGUAUAAGAGUGCCAAUAGCAGAAUCCAUAAGCAUUAUGUUGUAUCUUCUCCUGUCUACAUUUAUGAAAAUGUAAUAACUUGUAGAUGCUUAUGAAUAGCAUUUGCUAUUCAAUUUUUAGUUCUGUUUUUUUUUUUUUUUCUUCCUUCAUAGAAAAACAUCAAAUUUAGGAACAAAAUCUAUUUUUUUUCUAUGCACUCUUGUGCAAUGUUAGUGCUAAACUAUUUAGAAAAGCAGUGGGCAAGUUAUUGGAUGUGCCAUAUAGACCAUUUUCUUUUAGAUUAGUGUCUCGUAAUAUCUUCAAGGGUGUACGUAAAACAGCUGUCCUAGUUUCCCUUUUGCCUGCCUCCUAAAAGAAAAAUCUGUGUCUGGUAAGGCUUUUAUACUGUAACCUACUUUCUGUUGUCAAUGCAUAGGGCAUAUCAUAACUACCUUAACCCUUCAGCUGCUAGAAAAUAUAUGGGGGGAAAGCAUCCAAACCCUAAGGAAGUGCAGUGAAAGAAAGCAAUAUUCUCAGCAUGUCAUGAAAUGGGCAAAACCAAAGAAAUUCACAUUCAAAUUUAGUCUUUUGAAAACUAAAAGCAUGAAAAUGAACUCUGUCCUUUUCUGGCAGAUAAGGUGUUAACUAUAUCUAAGCUUAUACCAGACCAUAGGGAUGGCAAAUACAGUAAUUAGUCUAUGUUUUUACUAUAGGUAGAAAUAUUAACGCUGUGUAGAAUUAAAACUGGAACAUGUGUUCACUUGUUUGAAUGAAAAUUGACUCUGUUUCUGCUUUGGGUAGAUUCUCAUAUCAUGCACUAUGCAUUCUUUUUUGAAAAGUGGCACAAAUUGUGCAAAUUGUGUAUAUUUAAAAUGGAUGUUUUGUGCAAUUAAAAAUGAAAACUAUCUGUGAAUUUGAAUAUGUAUACUGAACAACAUGCACAUCUCAUUUAUCAUACCAUGUAAACUGAUUUUCUGUGUAUUGUUAUCCUGCUCUUGACUAAAACAAAUCUUGUACUUUUGCUUUGUAAAUUAAUCUCACUAUGCAUUUCUACUCAUUUUUUUAUGUUUGAUUUAUGCAGAUUUUGAUACACUGUAUGUUUCUGUAGAAAUUGUAAAAAAAAAAAGACAUUUUAAUAGGGAUUUAUUUGGGGUAUGUACAUGUUAAUUUGGGGGUUGCUUGUUUUUCUAGGUGCGAUAAUAAAUAUUUUAAUUUGUGA